UUUGAAGAUUGGGUCAUGCCUUUGCUCGACGAAAUGGUGACGGAACAAAAGGAGAAAGGAACAAAAUGGACACCUUCAAGAAUCAUUGAAAAGCUUGGUCGAGCGAUCAACAACCCAGAAUCGGUGUAUUACUGGGCUGCUGUCAAUAAUAUCCCCGUAUUCAGUCCCGCAUUGACAGAUGGAAGUUUAGGGGACAUGAUGUACUUUCACUCUUACAAGAAUCCGGGACUUGUGGUGGACAUUCUUGAAGAUCUCAAAAGGCUCAACACGAUGGCAGUCAAAGCCUCCAAUUCCGGCAUGGUUAUUUUAGGAGGAGGCCUUAUUAAACAUCACAUUUGCAACGCUAACCUUAUGAGGAACGGAGCAGAUUUCGCUGUUUUUAUCAACACAGCUUGCGAUUUUGACGGAAGUGACAGUAGUGGAGCUAAACCGGACGAAGCUGUAUCAUGGGGUAAAAUUAAGAAAGAUGCCACCCCAGUCAAGGUAAAAAGAAAAUCGAGUCUAGUGUUCCCUAUCCUGGUUGCUGAAACAUUCGCAAAACAUCAUUUCGCAUCAAUUUCAAAAUAAUUCAUCAGAAAUACAUAACCUGAUUAUAUUCUUUUGCUAGUUUUUAUUAAUCGUUGACAGAUGUUUGCAUUUUUACACAUUCAAAUUUAAGUACUUUCAAAAAUUCACGCCCGGCUUUACGUUCUAUUAUGACUGAGCUACGCCAGCUAAAUGACUUCAUGACAUUUAAAA